ACAAUAAAUGGAAUCAAGAUUGGGAAUGGGUCAGAAAGGAAGAUUUACCUGAUCCAAAAUAUCAAAUCCCUUUUGAGGAUUCCGAUGAUGAUGAUAUGCAAAUUGAUAAUUUCGACGAAAUUUCGCCGCCAUGGGAAAAUGAUAAUAUGACUGAAAAUAUAAUACCAAUAACGCCACCGCUACAACCUGCAUUAUUGGAAAUGAAGCGUGAAAUUGAUGGCAAAAAUGUAAAUAUACGCGAGUUUCAUGACGAUAGUGACAGCGACGAUGUAAGAAUGGAAGAUGGAGAAAUUUUCGAAUCAUACAAUCAUCUUGAUCGCUCAAACUCCCUGACAGGAUCAUCGAAUGCUCUCAAAGCAUUGCACCGGUCGAAUAGUAUUUCGCAAAUUGACUCCUACGACUUUAUUGCAAAUAAGGAUUUCCGAUGGGACAAAGAAACCGAUAGAAAUCCUUUUGAUCUCACGAAUAGCAAUGCAAUCGUCGGAACUUCAAAUAAAGAGAAAGAGAAGGAGCGAAAUUCCUUCGAGUUGAGUGCUAAAAAAGAAUUCGUCAAUGUAGCGUCUUCUAACAAAAGGAAAGAGAAAGCGGUGGAACGGAAUUUCACGAAUAAUAACGAACCUGUAUUUGGGAAUUCACGGAAGGAAAAAGAGAAAGAAGUAGAGAGAAUUCGCUCAAGUUUCGAUCAUAGUCAUGCCAAUAUGAAUGGAAAUUUUUUGAAAGAAACAGAGAGAAAUUGUGCUAGUUUCAUCAGUGACAAUGCCAUUAUUCCCAACAAUAUCAAAAAAGUAGGAGAAUUAUUGCCACCACAACCACACUUUACUAUUAAAUCAAUUUUAAAAAACAAAGAAAAGGAAAAGGAAAAGGAAUUACCUGUUGAAAAUGUUGUGGAUGUUAAUCAAAUACAACCAGAGCCGCAACGAAAAUUUGGUUCAAAGGAAGCUAACGAAGCCUUAUCAGGGAUAGUGUUACCAGCCGCAGAAUUGGAUAAGAUUAUUAAAGCCAAAUGUGGUCAAUUGCAAUUAUCCUCAAAAAACCGGAUAAUGAAAGCAAACGAGAAAUUUUUCAACGAUGCCGUAAAUCCAGUUUCCGAAACACGUGAGAACGAAUGGCGAGGCAAUCUUGUAAGGGGCGAGCUGGUUCAAAAUUUGGCCGAAGUGAUAGUAAAGCCAAUGAAAAAUCGCUGUCCCGAUGCAUCAUUUUUACAAGAUUGCCAGAAUAUGGAUAGGCUCGUAUUAUCCAAGGUUUUGCCAUUGCACUAUGUCGAAUUACUUUUCAAAGAGACAACACCAGACAUGUUUCAGCUUUCAAUGUUCACAAUGGAAGCACCCGAAGAUAACAAGAAAUCCAUGAAAAUGCUAGAGAUUGAAUCUGCUAUGCUUAAAUGGAAUGAGAUGAUUGGAUUAAUAUACUUGGAUAAAGAAGAAACAAAAUGCUGGAUGGUCGUUCACACUUCAAAAAGAACCACAGAAUUCUUUCGUUUAGGAGAACGACCUCAAUGUCCAUUCUUCAUCAUCUCAAAAAUAAUUACUGUACCAAAGUUGCCUCUUGUCACCCCAAAAGACACAGAUAAAGCAUUCUUCAUGUCGCAAAAUCUUCACGAUCCAGACAUGUACACGGCUGGCGUUUUAUCAAUUGCAUCCGAGAAAGGCGACGAAUUUCGAGCUAUAUGCGCGAAUAGGCCGAAGUUUAUGGUGUUUGGUCCAGUUGAUCUUGCAGAAGUGCAAGAAAUCACAAGUGCACUGAAAGCUUUUGGUGGGAUAGAAUGCACCAAUCAACCAAACGAAGACAUUACCGUCAUUUUUGUUCAUUUAUCAAUGCGCAAACAAAUAUUUUUCAUAGACAACUUCAAUGCGGCAAAACGAAAAAACUCAUGUCGCUUCUAUCAGUUUGGUUGGAGCCUUGAAAGUGGCCUCUAUGUAUUAGAAGAAAUAUUAAAAUCAGGCAAGGAAGUAUUACGCACUAAGCCUAAUAGUACUGCUCAUGCCAACGAAGUCGUCUCCCAGAGAAAAUUUGUGAAUCCUAAUGAAAAUUGGAAAUUGGUUCUAGUACCUCAAAUGCACAACGAACUAGCAGCAUUCGAGAACGAGUGGAAACUAUCGUAUCCAAAUAAUCCAAUUCGAACUCCGUACCAAAGGAUUUACGAUCUAUUGAUAAAACAGAAAAUUCGAUAUUUGGAUGACCGGGAAUUAGGACCAUAUGGAGCCGCAUGUGAUUUCAAAACCCUCUAUAAAACCAUGUUACGAAUGCAUACAUUAUAUGCGCAAGAUCAUCGACACUUUGUUAUUGUAGCCGAUACUAGUGAAAUUGAAUUGAUGCAAAAAUGUCCAAUACAGGGGGUUGAGGUUUUGACGGAUGAAGAUUUCAUCGCGCAGUUUUGCUAUGCAUCAAGAAUAAUAUUGUAA